AUGUUUCAACCGUUGGAGAACGUUAUUUUGGCCAAACUUAUUCCGGCUUUAAAGGGCAGAGGACCUUGUUCCAGCGUAGAAAGAACAAUACUCUCUUUGCCAACGCGCCAUGGUGGGCUCAACCUUGAUAAUCCUGUUGAAGUCGCGAAUAGUCAUUAUAACGCAUCAUUAAAGAUUACUGAACCUCUGAAGAAGAUGAUCGUUAGCCAAACGACAACUUAUAAGAAAAUUUAUCUACACGAUAUAAAAGCCGUUCUGCGAAAGCAAAAGAACCAGUACCACCAACAACUAGCCACGGAGGUCAGAGAAAGCUUCUCUCCAAUAAAGCAACGGACUUUGGAUUUGUUGGAGCUGAAAGGUUCAUAA